CGUCAUGGGGUGGUUCUUCUAGAUUCUGAGAAGAGAGCUGGAGGUAAAUGGUUGUGAAAGUCUAUCAGGAAAUAUAAAUAUAUUAGCUCGACUGAACUUACCAUGGCUGAAGAAGAAGAAGUUCCAACCCCAAUUGAAGACGAAGAACCAGAAGAAACCCCGGGUUACAAGCCUCCCGCUCAGAAAACUUUGCAAGAAAUUCAAACGUUGGACGCGGAUGACGAGUCUUUGGUUAGGUACAAGCAAAUGUUACUCGCCGGUGCGGGGGCAGCAGCUGAUGAAGGUGGUCCCAACGUGAAGGUCUUAAAAAUGUCAGUGAUCGUGGAAGGUCGUCCCGAUAUCGAGUUAGAUCUCACAGGAGACCUGAGCAAACUUAGAGAAAAACCAAUAGUCAUCAAAGAAGGGGCCAGUUACAAAAUCAAAAUAACAUUCAAGGUGGUACGUGAAAUUGUGGCUGGUCUUAGAUUUCAUCAAGUGACCUACAGGAAAGGUAUUAGAGUUGACAAAAGUAGCUUGAUGGUAGGAAGUUAUGGUCCGAAAGCAGAUCCUCAUGAAUACUUAACCCCAUGUGAUGAAGCACCCAAGGGAAUGUUAGCUCGAGGCCAUUACACAUCAAAGAGCAAGUUUAUUGAUGAUGACAAGAACUGUUACCUUGAGUGGGAAUGGGGAUUUGAUAUUAAAAAAGAUUGGGAAUAACAGCUAUUGGGCACAUGUCAAGAUGUAGAAAUUAGUUUUUUUUUUUUUUAAUGUAGGAAUACAAUCUAUUUGAAAAUUUUUUUUUCUUAAGUUUGAAUUUGAUGCUACACUGUAUGCACUUUUUUUGUCUUCAGGUAACUUUUUUUGACUGGCAGUGAUUAUCAAAAGAAGAAAUAACUACAAACGUAAUGUUAGAAUCUGUAUAAAGAUGCUUUCAUAAUAUUUUGAAGCUUUGUUUGUCUUGAGAUUGUGUGAAAAUAACUGUUGAUAUGAUCAAUAAUAAGAUCCAUCCAUCUAGACCUCAAGCAAUCUUUAUUAAUUUAGUUAAUUGACAUUGAUGGAAAAAUUUCUUUGCUUCACUUAAGGAGUUUGUUUUGUCACAGUCUUGUUGUUUUAUUUCUUUUGGCUGGCAUGGCGGAUUACCUGGAGAAAGAGAACUGCUGGUAGUCCUCUCAUUUACCUAGCUUUCCUUUGUGUGCUGUGAAAUGUACCGUGUUAGAUGGAAGAUCCCUCGGGUGUCCUCGCAUGCAACCAGUUACAAAUAAAGUUUUUGCCCAAAAUAGAAGAGGAUCAAAUUUA